AUGGCGAGGCAAGACAGUGGAUUCACCAUGAAUCUGCCAGAGGAGCCUGUGGUUCAAGAGACGCGGGACACACCGUCGUCGCCCAGUCACCAACAAUUCGGAGAGCAAAAGGCCGCUGAGGCGAAAGCAUCCGCGGAGGGGUGCCAUGACUCGCCGUGUGAGAAAAAGGUCCCGAUGCCUGGUGCAGUGAGACUGAUUGGAGAUACAUCCCUUGACGCUGAAUUCCAGAAGAAGGUGUAA